AAACUUUAUUGACUGAUUGCUCCUUCUACUCUAAGCCGAGCGCAGAGAGCGAGAGAGAAACCCUAGGUAAGGAACAAUGCCGGCUGGUCACGGUUUGAGAUCUCGCACGAGAGAUUCAUUCUCUCGUCCCUUCAGGAAGAAGGGAACCAUCGCCCUCACUACUUAUCUCAGAACUUACCACAUCGGCGAUUACGUUGACAUCAAGGUUAACGGCGCCGUCCACAAGGGUAUGCCUCACAAGUUCUACCAUGGCCGCACCGGUCGUGUCUGGAAUGUCACCAAACGCGCCAUUGGUGUCGAGGUUAACAAACAGGUUGGGAACAGAAUUAUUAGAAAGAGGAUUCAUGUGCGUGUUGAGCAUGUUAUGCCUUCAAGGUGCACUGAGGAGUUCCGUUUGAGGAAGAUCAAGAAUGAUCAACUCAAGGCGGAUGCUAAGGCAAAGGGUGAGAAAAUCAGCACCAAGAGACAGCCUGAGGGUCCCAAACCAGGUUUCCUUAUGGUGGAAGGAGCUCUAAUUGAAACUGUAACUCCCAUUCCCUAUGACGUGGUUAACGAUCUUAAAGGAGGAUAUUAGUUUUUUUUUUUACUGUUUGUUGGUUUGCCAUGUUGUUUUUUAGUUUUAGAUUACUCGUUCUAAGGAUACUGGUAAACAAUUUUAAUUUUGAUUUUGAUUCUCUAAAUACAAUUAUAUGUUCUAUUUUCUUCGGUAUUUAAUGAACUUUACAUCCUGUGAUUUGCGUAUAA